ACCCAAGUCUGGAAAAGUUGAACUCUCACUUCAUCUCUUUCUCUGCAACUUUGCUUUCUUUUUUGGUGUGGUGUGAGAUUCAUCUUCUGAGAUGGGGAGAGGUAGAGUGGAGUUGAAGAGGAUCGAGAACAAGAUCAACCGGCAAGUUACCUUCACGAAACGAAGAAAUGGUGUUUUGAAGAAAGCUUAUGAACUUUCGGUCCUUUGCGAUGCUGAGGUUGCUUUGAUCGUCUUCUCUACGAGAGGAAAGCUGUACGAAUUCUGCAGCAGCUCCAGCAUGUUCAAAACGAUUGAGAGGUAUCAGAAAUGCAGCUAUGGAGCACCGGAGAUAAAUGUGUCAACAAAGGAAAUACAGGAGCAACAUAGCUAUCAGGAGUACUUAAGACUUAAAGCACGAGUGGAGGCCCUACAACAAACCCAAAGGAAUCUCCUGGGAGAGGAUUUAGGCCCACUGAGUGGCAAAGAGCUUGAAUCACUUGAAAGGCAGCUGGGUAUGUCAUUGACGCAGAUCAGAUCAACCCGGACACAGUACAUGCUCGACCAACUUGCCGAUCUUCAGAAAAGGGAACAAAUGCUUACCGAAGCUAACAAAACAUUGAAAAUAAAGGUGGAGGAAGGAAGCCAAGCAAACGCACGACAAUGGGAUCCAAUUGUGCAUGGUGUGGGGUAUGGAAGACAAUCAGUUCAACCUCAUGGCGAUGGAUUCUUCCACCCCUUAGAGUGCGAGCCCACCUUACAAUUCAGCAUGGAACUUUUUUGAGGUUGAACCACUGCUGGAUGAAGAAUCAUAGAGAAAUGUCACUGCUGAAGUGAGUUACAUUCUGGGAGGAAUGAACACCAUUAAGAAUUUGUAAAGUCUACGAAACUUUUAAUAGUGCAUCAUGCUGCAUGCCUCUAUCUAUACAAAAUCAGAUUUCACCACUGUUUGGCUAUAGAUGCGGAAAGUAUUCAUGUAUUUUCUUUGGAUAGCAACUACAGAAAAUUGUGGAUGUGUUAAACAUUGAGAAAACUAUUGUGUACUGAACUUGAUUGUAAUGGUGUCUGUCUAGUUGAGAAUAUUUACUGUUCUGAUUCUCAU